UACGGAUACGGUGUCUGUGUGGAUACAGAUGGCUGUGCGGAUAUGGCGUCUCUGCAGAUACGAAUGUCUGCACAGGUAUGGUGUCUGUGUGGAUAUGGAUGUCUGUAUGGAUACGGACAUCUGUGCGGAUACGAUGUCUAUGUGAAUACCUUGGCUAUAUGGAUACAGCGUCUGUAUGGAUAUGGUGUCUGUGUGGAUACAGACAGCUGUACGGAUACGGUGUCUGUAUGGAUGUGGACAUCUGUACAGAUGAGAAUGUCUGUAUGGAUACAGUGUUUGUGCAGAUAUGGACUGCUGUGCAGAUACAGGUGUCUGUAUGGAUACAAAUGUCUGUGCAGAUGUGGAUGGCUGUGGAUACGGUGUCUGUAAGGAUACGAAUGUCUGUACUGAUACGGUGUCUGUACAGAUAAUGGCGUUUAUGUGGUUAUAGACAGUGGUGCGGAUAUGGUGUCGGCGCAGAUACGAAUAUCUGCACGGAUACGGAUAUAUGUGCAGAUAUGGUGUCUGUACAGAUACGGUGGCUGUACAGAUACAGACGUCUGUAUGGAUAUGGACGUCUGUAUGGAUACGGUGUCUGUAUGGACGUGGUGUCUGGAUACGGACGGCUGUACGGAUACGAUGUGUAUGGAUAUGGAUGUCUGUGCGAUGGGCCAGGUGGAAGUACGCACAAAUGAAAAACCACAUGGUGGGAACAGGCUUGUGUAGAUUUUUCUUCUAAAAUGUUUCGCGUCGAUCCUGCCAAGGCUUAGCACCGCUGCUCUACAACGUGUUUUCACACCUAUUUACUAACAAAACCCCCAGGUGGUUUGUAUCUGGAGAGCCGAUCCCACGGCAGACCGUUUACCAUCGGUAGUAAAAUCCGUGAGGCCAACUCAGUUGUUUUCCUCAGUUGUUGCUGUCGGAUGAGAGCCUUCACACCCUCACUGACGCUGCUUUUCCUUCUCUAACCACACAGGUCACCUCCUGAGAGCCCGCCUCUUGGAUGACCUGGCCUACGACGCGAGGUCAGCAAGACUGGGAGUUCUCGUGGCCGUGCGCCAGCACUCCCUGCUGCUGUCCGUGUAUGUGUCCGUGGAACUCGGGGGCUCUUUGGAGCUGUUGUUUACGUGGAAGUUGUGAGCCGUUGUGAACCGCUUAAAGGAGUGCACGUUGCUAGCAAUGAGCUCCCAAAGCCAUCCAGAUGGACUUUCUGGCCGAGACCAGCCUGUGGAACUGCUAAACCCUGCCCGCGUGAACCACAUGCCCAGCACGGUGGAUGUGGCCUCCGCGCUGCCUUUGCAGGUCGCGCCCCCGGCGGUGCCCAUGGACCUCCGCCUGGACCACCAGUUCGCGCUGCCCGUGGCGGAGCCCACCCUCCGGGAGCAGCAGCUGCAGCAGGAGCUGCUGGCCCUCAAGCAGAAGCAGCAGCUGCAGAGGCAGAUCCUCAUUGCCGAGUUCCAGAGGCAGCACGAGCAGCUCUCCCGGCAGCACGAGGCCCAGCUGCACGAGCACAUCAAGCAACAGCAGGAGCUGCUGGCCAUGAAGCACCAGCAGGAGCUUCUGGAACACCAGCGGAAGCUGGAGAGGCACCGCCAGGAGCAGGAGCUGGAGAAGCAGCACCGGGAGCAGAAGCUGCAGCAGCUCAAGAACAAGGAGAAAGGCAAAGAGAGUGCCGUGGCCAGCACAGAAGUGAAGAUGAAGCUUCAGGAGUUUGUCCUCAAUAAGAAGAAGGCGCUGGCCCACCGGAACCUGAACCACUGCAUCUCCAGCGACCCGCGCUACUGGUACGGGAAAACACAGCACAGCUCCCUCGACCAGAGCUCCCCGCCCCAGAGCGGGGUGUCGGCCUCCUACAACCACCCGGUCCUGGGAAUGUACGACACCAAAGACGAUUUCCCGCUCAGAAAAACAGCCUCUGAACCCAAUUUGAAAUUGCGGUCCAGGCUAAAGCAGAAGGUGGCCGAAAGACGGAGCAGCCCGCUGCUACGCAGAAAAGAUGGGCCCGUGGUUACCGCUCUAAAGAAGCGUCCAUUGGAUGUCACAGACUCGGCCUGCAGCAGCGCCCCGGGCUCCGCGCCCAGCUCGCCCAACAACAGCUCCGGGAAUGUCAGCACCGAGAAUGGGAUCGCGCCCGCCGUCGCGAGCAUCCCCGCCGAGACCAGCUUGGCCCACAGGCUCGUGACUCGAGAAGGUUCCGUGGCCCCGCUCCCCCUCUACACGUCACCGUCCUUGCCCAACAUCACGCUGGGACUGCCCGCCACUGGCCCUUCCGCUGGGACGGCAGGUCCGCAGGAGGCCGACAGGCUCACUCUCCCCGCCCUCCAGCAGCGGAUCUCCCUCUUUCCCGGCACGCACCUCACCCCCUACCUGAGCACGGCGCCCCUGGAGCGGGACGGUGGGGCUUCACACAACCCGCUGCUACAGCACAUGGUCUUACUGGAGCAGCCGCCUGCGCAGACGCCCCUCGUCACAGGCCUGGGCGCGCUGCCCCUGCACGCGCAGGCGCUGGUGGGAGCGGACCGCGUGUCCCCGUCCGUGCACAAGCUGCGGCAGCACCGCCCGCUGGGGCGCACGCAGUCGGCCCCGCUGCCCCAGAACGCGCCGGCCCUGCAGCACCUGGUCAUCCAGCAGCAGCACCAGCAGUUUCUGGAGAAGCACAAGCAGCAGUUCCAGCAGCAGCUGCACAUGAGCAAGAUUAUCCCCAAACAGAGCGAGCCGGCCCGGCAGCCCGAGAGCCAUCCCGAGGAGACGGAGGAGGAGCUUCGUGAGCACCAGGCCCUCCUGGAGGAGCCCUACCUGGACCGGCUCUCUGGGCAGAAGGAGGCACACGCGCUGGCCGGCGUCCAAGUGAAGCAGGAGCCCAUCGAGAGUGAUGACGAGGAGGCGGAGCCCCCGCGGGAGGUAGAGCCGGGCCAGCGCCAGCCCACCGAGCAGGAGCUGCUCUUCAGACAGCAAGCCCUCCUACUGGAACAGCAGCGUAUCCACCAGCUGAGGAACUACCAGGCGUCCAUGGAGGCGGCCGGCAUCCCCGUGUCCUUCGGCGGCCACCGGCCUCUGUCCCGGGCGCAGUCGUCCCCGGCGUCUGCCACCUUCCCCAUGUCCGUGCAGGAGCCCCCCACCAAACCGAGGUUCACCACAGGCCUCGUGUACGACACGCUGAUGCUGAAACACCAGUGUACCUGUGGGAACACUAACAGCCACCCCGAGCACGCGGGGCGGAUCCAGAGCAUCUGGUCUCGGCUGCAGGAGACCGGCCUCCGGGGCAAAUGCGAGUGCAUACGCGGACGGAAGGCCACCCUGGAGGAGCUGCAGACGGUGCAUUCGGAGGCGCACGCCCUGCUCUAUGGCACGAACCCCCUCAACAGGCAGAAACUGGACAGUAAGAAACUUCUAGGCUCGCUAACCUCGGUGUUUGUCAGGCUGCCCUGCGGUGGUGUCGGGGUGGACAGCGACACCAUAUGGAACGAGGUGCACUCGUCGGGCGCGGCCCGCCUGGCCGUGGGCUGCGUGGUGGAACUGGUCUUCAAGGUGGCCACGGGGGAGCUGAAGAACGGCUUUGCCGUGGUCCGCCCCCCAGGACACCACGCGGAGGAGAGCACGCCCAUGGGGUUCUGCUACUUUAAUUCUGUAGCCAUCGCAGCCAAGCUUCUCCAGCAACGGCUGGACGUGAGCAAGACCCUCAUCGUGGACUGGGACGUGCACCACGGAAAUGGAACCCAGCAGGCCUUCUACAACGAUCCCAACGUCCUCUAUAUCUCCCUUCACCGCUAUGACGAUGGCAACUUCUUCCCGGGCAGUGGGGCACCAGACGAGGUGGGCACAGGCCCAGGUGUGGGCUUCAACGUCAACAUGGCUUUCACUGGUGGCCUCGAUCCCCCCAUGGGAGACGCGGAGUAUUUGGCGGCCUUCAGAACCGUGGUCAUGCCCAUCGCCAGUGAGUUCGCCCCAGACGUGGUACUCGUGUCUUCAGGCUUCGACGCCGUGGAGGGCCACCCCACGCCACUCGGCGGCUACAACCUCUCCGCCAGAUGUUUCGGGUACCUGACGAAGCAGCUGAUGGGCCUGGCUGGCGGCCGGAUUGUUCUGGCCCUGGAGGGGGGCCACGACCUCACGGCCAUCUGCGACGCCUCGGAAGCAUGUGUUUCUGCUUUGCUGGGCAACGAGCUUGAUCCUCUCCCGGAAAAGGUUCUGCAGCAGAGACCCAAUGCUAACGCUGUCCGGUCCAUGGAGAAAGUCAUAGAAAUCCACAGCCAGUACUGGCGCUCCCUGCCGCGCCUCUGCUCCACGGUGGGACACUCUCUGGUAGAGGCCCAGAAGUGCGAGAACGAGGAAGCCGAGACUGUCACCGCCAUGGCCUCCCUGUCCGUGGGCGUGAAGCCCGCGGAGAAGAGAUUGGAUAGCUUCCAGAUCGCCAACGAGUCCGCCACUGGACGGCUGCCUUCGGGUGUGAGCUGUCCUUCCCGCUCUUUCCGGACGGGACCCUCCUGGUCCGAGCCUCCUCGCACAUAUUUACCUAAUGAGUUUUUAUAGCAAAGGAUAGACAUUUGCUGUUGAUUUUUGUAUGAAUUUUCCACAAGGAGAUCCUGAAUAAGCAUUGUUUUGUGAAUUUUACAUUUUGUUCUCACCAUUUAGCAGUUUCCUGAAUGGUAAUAAUGUCUAAACCUUUUUUCUUUCUAAAUUCCUGCUUGUACAUUUUUUUUUUAAACUUUUAAAGGUUUUUUUUUUUUAUUAUUAUUUUCAUUGUUGUUUAUUUUCGUACAGCGAGCAGUUUGCUGCGGUGCACGGAACUGCCCUCGGUUUGUUUUCAGAAAGUGAGCUCGAGGUGGGGGAGUUGGCGUGCAGGCUCCUGGCGGUGACUGGCUGUCCCAGCCCCGCCCCCCACGGCUGCGCCCAUUAGCGAGGGGCUUUUCUUCCCUCCACACCGGUAGUGUUACAGGGGGUGCUGUGUUUUCCCCUCGGCAGCCGCGCGGGGAGGAUCGCAGGGUCACUUGCCAGACGCCUCGGGCCGUCAGCACUCAUGAAACUCCUGUUUCAACUUGCCUGGCCACGUUGUCAGGAUAGGAUUUUAAAUUCAGUUUUCCAAAGACCUUUUAAAGCAUGUCAGCAAAAUGCAUGGGGCCGGAGUGAGGCCCACACCUGUUCUGGGUUUUUCCGCCGCGGCCACACGGCCGGGGGCCGGCCGAAAGCAGCAGGCCCCGGAUUUUGGAGCCUGUGGCUGCGGGAGCCUAGGGGCCCCCCGCCGCCUGGCGAGCCUGCAGGGACAGCACAGAUUCCUGACCAGGGCAGCCAGUCUUUGCUCUUUUUGUCUUGGACAGUAACUGACCGUCACUUUUUACUGGUAACUUAUUUUUCAGCACUUGAAGACACCAGUUUCAUUCCAAAGCAUGUAGUGAGUUCAGAGCCGCGGGGAGAGUUCGGGCACGGCGCUCCCGUCAGGAGGGAGCCCCAAGCCACGUUUCGGAGUCUGGUCGCAUUCACAGGGUAGCUUCUGAGACACUGACGCAGGCGGACUCCUGACCGAGCGAAUCCAGAUUCUUAGGUUGGCUCGGUCACGGGGACGUUGGUGGUCAGGUCCAGGACAGCGGCCUGAGAGUAGGACAGAAAGGUCUUGGGGCAGGUGUGACUGCACCCCCUCCCGCCGGCCCCUCCUUGCUGCGGGGCCCAGCCCACCUUGGCGGGAGGAGCCGGUGCACGGGAGCCAGCUCGGCCAUCCGGGCCGGUGCAGAGCGGCCCGUGGCCAACCGGGGCCCUGCUCCACGCGGCCCACGGGCCCCCCCCCCCGCCACCGGCCGGCCCCGGCUCUCGGAGAGGAAGAGGUCAUCUCACGCUUUUUACAGUGACUGGGUCAGGGAGCCGUCCGAGGGGGGGCUUGCUCCCCGUCUCCUGCGGGGAGACCCCUCGGCAGAGAGGCCUGGGGGGCGCGGCUGCUGUGUCCGCGCGCCCCAGCCCCACAGAUGUGCUUAAAGCAUUACCGUGUAGCCUUUUCUUUUCUUUGAAGACACACUCGGCCCUUCCCCGCCGCCAGCCGCCAGGGUCUGCAGGACCCCCGCGCCGAGGGGGGUGGGGGGCGCCUCCCAUCUCCCCUCUCCGGUCCUUGCGCCUAAUUUAGCCUUUUUCUUCCUUUGCCAAGGCCUCGGGGGCACCGGCCGGGGGUCAGCGAGCGAGCACUUUAGGUCCCCCCGCGGGACUCCCCACGAUGCUGCCGGGGACGCGUGGCGCCCGCCCUUUCGGCUCCCGCCGCGCCCCGGCGUGCCCGAGCCCCACCAGCAGGCGGCCGCCCGGCUCCGGAGGGCCGCUUUGUCAGAGUGUCUCGGUUUUUCUCCACUUACUUUCGAACACCCGUUUCCAGAGGAAGGACCGCCGGGUGCUGCUCCGCACGGAAGCCAGGGCGGCAGAGUUUGUCGGUUUUAAUUUUCGAUCAGAACAUUCCUCCUUCGCUGGUCACAGCCACGUGCUCAUUCCAUUCUUUUUGUAGACUUUCGGGCCCACGUGUUUUAUGGGCAUUGAUACAUAUAUAAAUAUAUAUAUAAACAUAUAUGAAUCUAUUUUUUUAAGUUCCUACACCUGGAGGUUGCAUGGACUGUGAGGCCGGCAUGUCUAUAUCGUACACAGAUUUUGCACGCCAGACUCGGCAGCUUUGGGGAAGAGGAAAAUGCCUUUUCGUUCCCCUCUCACGACAUUUGCAGAUUCGACAGAUGGGAGUUUUUCUGUAAAACGAAACCUUGAAGGAGAGUCGGUGGGGGGGAGGGGGGGGAACGUUUGCGUCUUACUGAACCUAUUCUUAAGAAAUUGUACUUUUUAUUGUAAGAAAAAGAAAAAAGGACUACUUAAACAUUUGUCAUAUUAAGAAACAAAGUUUAUCUAGCACUUGUGACAUACCAAUAAUAGAGUUUAUUGUAUUUAUGUGGAAACAGUUGUUUUAGGGAAACUACACAGAAUUCGAGGUGAACUGCCCGUCUCUCUUCCGUUGACUUGGAGGCAUUUGCCUCGCUUUGUUUUGUUUGUUCCUUGGAUCUUGCACAGGGCCAGGCGCGCGCGCUGCCCUCCGGCCGGCCCGGUGGCCGCCGACGGUGACGGUGCACAGCCCCGGAGAGCCCCUUUCCGCACAGCUGUGGUGACUUUCUAGUUACUUGUAGACCACGCGUGGCCAAGAUGUCACUUUAAGCCGAGAGUCGUGACCUGUGUGAGCGCCGCGGGCUCAGACCCUCCUUUGCAUGGAGAGGAGACCCUUUCUUCCUCGCCACGACGCGGAGCUCGUCCCCGGCCCGGCUCGCCUCGUCCGACGUGACGACAAGUCUGCGCCCGGAGGAACGAGCAGGCAGACACUUUUGUUUGUUGGGGUUUUCGGUGUGUGUGCCCCGCGGGGGAGGCGCUCUUUCCCAGUUGAUGAGAAUGACCCGUAUUAUAAUAUACACAAGGGGGGCUGACCCCGUUUGCCCAAGAGCUUGCACAGAGCUGCGGCGCCGCCGCGGCCCGCGUGUGGCCCGUCGGCGCGCUCCGGGCCGGGUCCUCGCCGCGGCAGCCUCCCGUUUUCUUCUGUAACGUAAUCCGUUCCCUCCGAUCGUCUGGACCUUCCAGUGGUCGUUUCUUUCUUUUUGCUCCGUGGAGUUGGAGAUUCUGUUCCCGGUUUUCUCAUUCUCGUUCUGUUCCGUGUGGGCGGGUUUUCACCGACGGCCGUGUCCCCUCCUUUGACUGCCGACUCCACUCCACCCGGAGUCCAGUGUUUUGUACCUCAUCAGACAGCUUGUUGCUCUCGUGGUGUAAAUAAAACAGCAUCUCUGGUUUC